AUGGCCCAUUCGAGUAAAUGCGUCCAGCAUAACUUGUACGCUCAAGUUUACAUUCUCGAACUCUCUCUAGAUGGCGUGAUUGCCAUCUCUACUGGUGAACUCCGGCAUCUUAUUCCGAUUUCUUACCGUCUCGAAGCGCAUCUGCCGCUGAUUCAUCUGACUGUGAAUACAAAAGCAUGUGCCGCAGUGGGAAAAGAUCUGGAUCCUCUUGAAGCGGUGUAA